AUGGCAGAAAUAGACAACAUCUUCUCCCAAACGAGCUUGUGUGAGCUAUGCGGGGCAGUGUCGAAAUACAAGUGUCCGCGAUGCACGUUACGCAGCUGUUCACUCGCGUGCAGUCGCAGGCACAAAGAAGAGCGUGGAUGCAGCGGAGAGCGGGACAAGACGGCAUAUAUAGCGAUGAAGGACUACAAGCAUAUGGAUUUGGUAAAUGACUAUGCCCUGCUAGAGGAGGCGAAGCGGGAAGUGGAGGAGGCAGGGAAAAAGGCACCAGCAGGGGUUCAUGUGGCUCAUGGGCAGCAGCAACAACAUCAUCAUCCUCAUAACCAGCACCAGCACCACCCACACCACCCACACGCCAAAGCACUCAGAAUGCAGUCCUCCUUCGCAAACGAGGGCAUCGAACUCCUCCUUAGUCCGCUCGGUAUGGAGAGACGGCGACGGGAUCGCACGCACUGGGAUGCCCGGUCUGCUCAGCUCAAUUUGAGUGUGGAGGUGGUGAGUCUGGUGAGUUUGGGUGAGAAUGUAAAGGAGAAGGAAAGUGAGAAGGUGGUCGUGCAUGGAAUACCCCAGUGUAUGAGUGUGGAAUACAUCCUCACGCAAAAGGCGGGCUAUAUCGAUCAACAUCGCCUCCACACUCUCCAUUUCUACAUAAAGAGCCAGGACGGGCAGAAUGUACGAACGCAGCUAGAUGAAGAGAUUAUAGAGGCUUUGAGGGGCACGGUAGUGAUAGAUUUUGCAGUGCUCAUGGUGUCGGAUGUGCCGCUAGAGACGCGGUGGAGGACGAAGGAGGUGAUGAAGUUUGAUGAAAGUAUCAGUGACAGUGAUAGUGAUAGUGAUACAAGUAGUGUGUCUAGCGAUUCGAGCGAUUCGAGUGACUCGAGCGACUCAAACAUAUCCAAACAAGAUCAAGGAGAAGACAAACAAAUGAUUAUAGAGAUAAACUAG